GUAUAUUAUGUCUUAUUUAAAAAUCGAAAGUUGGGGCAAUUUCCGGUCAAACCGGAAGUACGGCAAAGCAAGUAAAUAUGUCAAAAAAUGUAUAUUGAACUAUAAUACACAACCCCCAAAUUUCGUUUUUCUAUCUCCAAUAAUAAAAAAAGUUAUAGUGGUGAGCCACCUUAGAGAAUCACCAGGAAUAAUGGGGAUAAUAUGGAAGGAGCUGCAGCUCUUGACGGACCUGCAGGCAUGCAACCUGACGGAGUUAUACAGACCAACUAUGAUACUGUCGUCGAUAAUUUUGACGACAUGAACCUGAAAGAUGAACUUCUUAGAGGUAUUUACGCCUAUGGUUUUGAAAGACCAUCUGCGAUUCAACAAAGGGCGAUCAUCCCUUGCAUAAAAGGACAUGACGUUAUCGCCCAAGCCCAAUCCGGUACGGGUAAAACAGCAACGUUCUCGAUUUCAAUCCUGCAGAACAUUGAUACCAAGUUGGAUGAGUGCCAAGCUUUGAUUUUGGCACCAACCCGAGAGCUGGCUCAGCAGAUCCAGAAAGUGGUGAUUGCGUUAGGAGAUUUUAUGUCUACUAAAUGCCAAGCUUGUAUUGGUGGUACAAAUGUUAGAGAAGAUAUCAGGAAACUUGAAGCUGGUGUGCAUGUAGUUGUGGGUACACCCGGUAGAGUAUAUGAUAUGAUUAAACGUGGCGCCUUGAGAACAAGUCACAUCAAGAUGUUCGUACUGGAUGAGGCUGAUGAAAUGCUGUCUCAAGGGUUCUCAGAUCAAAUCCAUGAUAUUUUCAAAACCGUCAAUGCUGACGUUCAAGUUGUGUUACUGUCGGCGACCAUGCCAAUUGAAGUGUUGAAGAUAACGGAAGCUUUCAUGAGGGAUCCAGUGCAAAUUCUUGUCAAGAAAGAUGAGCUCACUUUGGAAGGCAUCAAACAAUUUUAUGUGUACGUGGAGAAGGAAGAUUGGAAAUUUGAGACGCUGUGUGACUUAUAUGAAACUCUUUCAAUAACCCAGGCUGUUAUCUUUUGCAAUACCCGUCGCAAGGUAGGCUUCCUAACCGAUAACUUGCACAACAGGGAUUUCACCGUUUCUGCUAUUCAUGGAGAUAUGGAGCAAAAAGAGAGAGAUGUUAUUAUGAGACAGUUCAGAACCGGAUCUUCCAGGAUCCUCAUCACUACAGAUUUGUUGGCUCGUGGUAUCGAUGUGCAACAAGUUUCACUUGUUAUAAAUUAUGAUUUGCCUUCAAAUAGAGAGAACUACAUUCACAGGAUUGGUCGUGGCGGCAGGUUUGGUCGUAAGGGCGUAGCUAUAAAUUUUGUUGCGGAGGAAGACAAGCGUACACUGAAAGACAUUGAACAAUUUUAUAAUACCAAGAUUGAUGAAAUGCCUAUGAAUAUUGCUGACCUGAUUUAGAACAGUAUAGUGAGUGUGCGAAGCUGUACUGGGGAGUUAACUAUUAUUAAUUUUUCUGAGACUGUCAAGUAUUUUAAAUCAUUUUGCCAGCUGAGAAUUGAGGAUAAAACCAACUAAGUUGAGAAUUAAAAAGUGACUACUUUCAAAAAUAGAAUAAGUUGCUUUAUUUUUUGUGUUAUUUGUAUUUAAAGUAUAAAAUGAUUAUUCACGUAAUCCUGGAAACGUGCGGGUGUGGCAAACCUGUGGGAUUCCCUAUUUAUUAUGGCAUUUCACAUAGUGAUCAUCAAAUUUCUCCAGUAAUAGACUUCGGGCAAUUUGUCCGUCUCCACGAGAAUUUGAUUGGUGUUUUUAAAGGUUAUUAUAUUCAUAAGCAGUAUAGAAGAAUAUUAACAUUAAGUAUACUUUAGUUUGUUAGUUUGUACUUGUCAUUUUCUUUAGGUAAACUUUUGUAACGGAGUCUUUAUAAGUAAUAAAAAUA